GUUUCAUACAACACUCGUAAUUCCUCGAGGAGACCUUUGAGAAUUCUGCGUAAAAUAUAAAUACGUAUAGACUACGAAUGAGUUUGUCGGUUUCGCUGUAAUCGCAGAGCAAUAUUCACGUGGUGGAAUAUGGUGUCAUCUGUGUUCAAGUGAAUUGUAGUACCCUGUAGAUAAUCAGUGAAAAACACAUGCAGCCAGGGCAUGCAGCGGAUUGUGGCUGUGGCCCGAUCAGAUGGUAGUUCAGAAUCCCUUGAUUUUGACGUUUCAUGCAACGCGGUGCUGAACAUUUCGAGAUCAUUUUGGACAGGGGGAAAUUUAUGUAGUGUUUAUACAGUUAUUAAUAUACAGGCCUGUUAACACACGUACCUCAUCGAACACUAUCAGGAUAAUUAAUAUAUCAGUGAUCAGCAUAAUCAAUUUUUUAUAAUGCCCGCUAGUCGAUUGGAUGCAGUGUACAGGAGUAUUUUGCUCACCAAAUUUUUCACAAAAGGUUGGGGAAAACCAGAAAAUUUGAAAAGAAUAUUUGAGUUUCGAAAAGUGGUGUCAAACCGAGAAGCUUGCUAUCAGCUUAUACCUCGCGAUUAUCCUGUAACAAUCACUAAGGAUGAAGAAUGGUCCGACUGCCACAUUCUGGAGGGAUCAUUCGAGUCACCCUUUGAAAGAAGUCUUCCCGGUCUUAUGCCAGAGGAAACUCGAACUGCUCAUUUUCAAGUUGUUUUACCUCGUAAAUGGCAGUCACAAAAAAUCAAACCCAUUUGUCUCCACCUCGCUGGUACGGGAGAUCAUUUUUACUGGCGGCGUCGCAACCUGAUUGCUCGUCCACUUCUGAAGGAAGCUGGAAUCGGAGCAAUUCUUCUUGAGAAUCCUUUUUAUGGUCUCAGGAAACCUAAGGAUCAGAUACGUUCGAGCUUACAUAACGUCUCAGACAUCUUUGUAAUGGGUGGUUGUUUAAUAAUGGAAUCUAUAGUUCUGUUAAACUGGUGUGAACAGCAAGGCUUUGGACCCUUAGGGCUUACUGGACUAUCCAUGGGUGGUCACAUGGCCUCUUUAGCGGCAACAAAUUGGCCCAAGCCAAUCCCUCUGAUACCAUGCCUGUCGUGGUCCACAGCAUCACCAGUUUUUACUGAGGGUGUCAUGAGUGCCUCCAUAAACUGGGAUCUUCUGGAGUCACAAUACUUCUCGGAUGAAGUCUAUCAAAAUGAUUUAGCCAAGAUGGUCAAAGUAGUUGCUCAAGAUGAUGCCUUCUUAGCAGGACAACAUUUUGCGAAACAUUUCCCGGAGAGUAUGAACAGGAUGAAUGAAUUGAAAAAGGAAACUACAGAGACGGAUCGACCUGUACCUGGCGAUUCUAAAAAAGAGCACAAGACGUCAGGCGAGAACCUGUCACGUAAAGCACACAGCCUUACCGAUGUUCAGAACAACAAAAAUAGUGCUGCUCUCGAUAUUGGCAGUAAUAAUCACUCUUCUAAAGAUAUAACAGGCAAUAGUCGUAUCAAGACUGAUCACAACACAGUUGAAAGCGCACAAAGAAUUACCACUGAGAAAGCAGCUGCGUCAAUAUUCCCCCUUAACAUCAUUGCCAACAAAUUGAAACCCUCAGAAAAUGAGGCGUUGAAAGGGAUUUGCCUGUUACCCGUGUCGAAACACCCACUGCUUUCAGACAGCAAGUGGCGUGAACGAGAAGCCUUACAGUUCAUGCGGGGUGUGAUGGAUGAAUGCACUCAUCUGGGAAACUUUGAAGUACCAGUUGACACCGACUUAAUCAUAGCUGUGUGUGCUCGUGACGAUGCCUACAUUCCUAGAGAAGGCUGCAUGGGACUCGAACAAAUUUGGCCAGGUGCAGAAAUUCGAUUCAUUGAUGCCGGUCAUGUGACCGCAUACCUUCUACAUCAAAAGCUGUUUCGGUCAACAAUCAUCGAGGCGUUCGAUCGAUGCAUGAAAAAAUAUCCGAUUAAUAAUAGCUGACAAUAACCCUAAAUUAUCGGUGUAGCCUAGUCAAAUGUUGUGCGAUAAAUAUUUUAAAUAUUAAUUAGAUCGAGCUAUAUACAUAAGCAUAAAUAUAUUGAUGAGGUUUUGAACUAUGGCAUGGCUACGGAAAUGUGUUCUUAAUCAGUGACCGUAUGCCUGUGCAAUAAAAUGCGACCAUCUUUCAAUCCUAAGUGUUCGUUGUCUAUAUAAAUUAAUGAAACAGUGAUAUGCAUCAAAACAAUGGUAACAAUGUAGAUAACAUUUGUCUGAGAAUGGUUCAAGUACCAUAACUUGAUCAAUUAUUGAAAGUACGAGAGUUAAGCUGUUAGCCUAAUGAAUUCAAUAUUAUAUAUUGGCAUUCAUUCCUGCUAGGCACUCGUUUUUGUACAUAGAUAUAUCAAGAAUGGACAAUCUUUUCAUAGUUAACGAUCUCUUUAUUGCAUAUAUUUACACCUCUACAAUAUUUAUACCAAUACUAUUUACAAAAAUGUUGUCAGAAUAUAUUACACUAAAUAUUUUUCUAUUAAGCUGUGUACAAUAAAACUACUUAUAUGUA